AUGCAUCCACAACUAGAGGCUCAGAGGUUUCAUUCAUGCCUAGACUAUAUUGAAGCUCUUGACAAAUGUCAUCAGAAGGAGUACUACAAGCGUAUGCUUGGACUAUGUAAUAAUGAGAAGGAUGCCCUAACACAGUGUUUGAAGCAGGCCAGUGCCGAGACCAAAAAGAAGGCUAUCCAGGAGAACAAGUUGAAAAGAGACAAGCUCGAAUCCAAAUGGAGGAAGAUCGAGGAAGAAGAAUACGGUGAGGACGCUAUCCUGAAGAUGAUCCUGGACAGAGAGUUAAAGAAAAGAGAAGGUAAAUAA